ACCAUGGAUGCUGUGGAACUUGCCAGAAAGCUACAGGAGGAGGCCACAUGCUCCAUCUGCCUGGACUAUUUCACUGACCCAGUGAUGACCUCUUGUGGUCACAACUUCUGCCGCGAGUGCAUCCGGAUGACCUGGGAAAAGGCCAAAGGCAAGAAGGGGAAGAGGAGGCAGAAGGGGUCAUUUCCCUGCCCCGAGUGCAGGGAAAUGUCCCCCCAGAGAAACCUGCGGCCAAACCGCCUGCUGACCAAAGUGGCUGAGAUGGCGCGCCAGCACCCGGGGCUGCAGAGGCGGGACCUGUGCCCCGCACACCAGGAGCCCCUCAAGCUCUUCUGCCUGGAGGAGCAGACCCCUAUCUGCGUUGUCUGCAGGGAGUCCCGGGAGCAUCAGUCGCACAGGGUGCUCCCCGUGGAUGAGGCUGUGCAGGAGUACAAGGUGAAGCUGGAGGAGGACAUGAAGUACUUCCGGGAGGAGAUAGAAAAGACAGAGAAGAUGCAAGCCAAGGAGGAGCAGAGCUUAGUAGAGUGGCAGGAUAAAGCAAAGGAGAGGAGAGAGCGCAUCCUGGUAGAGUUCCAGAAGGUGGUCCUCUUCCUGGUGGAGGAAGAGCGGAGGCUCCUGCAGACCUUGAAGAAGGAGGAGGAGGAGACAGUGAUGAGGCUGCAGGAUAGCAAAGCCUCCCUGGACAGACAGAACCACUCCCUGCACUCCCUGCUCCUGCAGCUGGAGGAUCGGAGCCGAGAGGACCCUGUCCAAAUGCUGCAGGACGUGAAGGACACCCUGGCCAGGAAGAGCAGCCUGAGUGUGCAGUACCCGAAGGUGGACCUCCCCGCGGCGCUCCGGACGGUGUGCCGGGUGCCAGGCCAGAUCGAGGUGCUCAAGAGCUUCCAGGAGGACGUGGUGCCGGACCCCGGCUCGGCCUACCCCUACCUGCUCCUGUACGAGAGCCGCCAGCGCUGCUACCUGAGCCUCCCGCCCGACGGCGGCGCGCCGGGCGGCCGCGAGCGCUUCGUGGCCUACCCGUGCGCCGUGGGCCAGAAGAGCUACGCGGCCGGGAGGCACUACUGGGAAGUGGGCAUGAACCUCACCGGGGACGCGCUGUGGGCGCUGGGCGUGUGCCGCGACAACGUGAGCCGCCGCGACCGCGUGCCCAAGUCCCCCGAGAACGGGUUCUGGGUGGUGCAGCUGUGCAAGGGGCCCAAGCCGGCGCCCCCGGCGGCCCCCGCGCCCGUCACGCUCGCCGACCCGCCCAGCUACGUGGGCGUCUUCCUGGACUUCCAGGCCGGGGAGGUGUCCUUCUACAGCGCGCACGACGGCGCGCACCUGCACACCUACUCGCAGGCCGCCUUCCCCGGGCCCCUGCAGCCCUUCUUCUGCCUGGGGGCCCCCAAGUCCGGCCAGAUGGUCAUCUCCACAGUGACCAUGUGGGUCAAGGGCUAG